AUGUUAUGCUCCGUCUGUAACUCUCACUUUAAACCAAUAGAUUACUGCGCUUCCUCGCUUGCAUCUGCAUUACCAUUACCAGCUAUGCCUGAUUUGACAGCAGUCUCCCUCCUUUGCUCGGCAUGUUAUGAACGAAUUAGACAGGCUCUUCUUCUGCAGAAGGACCGGAAUGCUCGUGACGCAGCCAUCAUUGAAAAGCAGAUGGCGCGUAGAAAGCGAAUGCGGGCCUUGUCUGGAAGCUUGAAGGCCGCUGCUCCUUCUAUCAAUAUACAAAGUGAGAUAGAAGAAGAGGAGCAAAAGAUCAAGGAGCUUGAGGAACAGCUGAAACUUCAGAACCCCAACAAACAAAUCCCCACCUUUACAUGCCUCAAUGAUUGCCACCAACUGCGUGUCUCUCGGCAAGGGAGCAUGCGUCCACUGUUUGUCUUCAAUGAAGCAGCAUCUGCGGUAAAUGGGUUCUCGCUUUUGCAAGUAGAUCCUGCUCAUGCUGAGAAGCUUGGGGACACGCUUCAAGCUACAGAUGCGCCUAGUACUGCCCUCCCAGUCCUGCGUAAUAGGGACGGCAUUAAUGCAGCGCUAGCAGAGCUGACUCUCUGCAUCCAGAUGCUGUAUCAAGCAACUUUUGGAGACGUCUAUCGCUCUGUGUUUUCGCGCCAAGGUGCAAUCUCAGAACCCGAAGGGGUUCGCAUUACGAGGCUCUACUCUAUUCUAGUUGCCGCUCUUCCUGCUCCAUUAGUUAUAGUCUACCAUGACGGAGCUCCCACGUCUGUCCUGCAGGCAGUCUCUCAACAGACUCUAGACCCCCAGCUCCGGGGACUUCGGCGGGCAGGGAGGACUGUUUGUGAACUUGUGUGGGAGAAGCCGACGGCGAACGCGAAGCUCUUCACGGGCGCAGACAAGGAUACAUUCUCCCUCGGGCUGGGGGCUCUACUGGGUUUCGUUGUCGACCUCUACAUCUUCCUGGGGCUUGAGUGCCCAUGUGCCAUCACGAUCAGUCGAUACCUACUGAAUAUGCACAGCAACCGUCAGAUGCUUAGUGAGCACUACGGGCUGGGGCUGACGGUGGAUAAGACUGAGACCGCAGGCCAGCGGAAACCUUUACUUCUGAAUCCCCUCUAUGUCUCUUCAGCAGUACUCGAUGUACAAGCGCUUCGGAAGCUGAACAUAAUACUAACACCCGAAGGCGAUCAUCGAACGGCGAGCAUCGAUGGGGCCGCUCCCGUGCACCCCGCAGCGGGACCCGAGCAAUGGAACAGCUUUGUUUGCAAGCUUGUCGUUGUGUGUAAUCGGGUGUACGGGCACAUCAUGGAGCUCCUGCGGCAGUAG